AUGACAAGACCUGUCACUGGAUGGAGGAUUUGCAUUGACUACAGACGAUUGAAUUCGGCCACGAAGAAUGAUCAUUUCCCGCUGCCCUUCCUUUAUCAAUGCCUUGAGAAACUCGCAGGUCACGAAUACUACUGUUUCCUCGAUGGCUACUUAGGCUACCAUCAAAUUCCCAUCAAACCGGAGGACUGUGAGAAGACUACAUUCACUUGUCCAUAUGAGACUUUCGCUUAUAGAAGGAUGCCGUUCGGGCUUUGCAACGCUCCGGCCACCUUCCAGCGAUGCAUGUACCAUAUCUUCAGCGAUCUCCUGGACUCCUGUAUUAAAGUAUUCAUGGAUGACUUCUCGGUAUAUGGCAAGACAUUCUCUAGAUGCCUGAAGAAUCUGGAAAAAGUACUUCUCCGCUGCAUUGAGACUGAUCUCGUGUUGAACUGGGAGAAGUGUCAUCUCAUGGUAAAUGAAGGAAUUGUCUUAGGCCAUAAGAUCUCAUCUGCCGGUAUUGAGGUGGAUAGAUCGAAAGUUAGUGUGAUCGAAAAGAUGUCAGCACCCUCGAAUGAGAAAGGAGUGCGAAGUUUCCUUGGACACGCGGGGUUCUACCGUCACCUCAUCAAGGGCUUCAGUCAAAUCACGCAACCACUUACUACACUGUUGUGCAAGGAUUUUCAGUUUCACUGGUCAAACGAGUGUGAGGAGGCUUUUCGAGUUCUGAAGGAGAAGUUGACCUCCGCUCCUAUUAUUUCAGCACCAGUGUGGAGUGAGCCAUUCGAGCUGAUGACGGAUGCAAGCGACUAUGCCGUCGGCGCUGUACUAGGACAAAUGGUGGAAUCUAAAUUGAACGUCAUUUAUUAUGCAACUAUUAAAUAUUUGAUGGAGAAGAAUGAGACAAAGGCCCGCUUGAUCAGAUGGGUUCUGUUGCUCCAGGAAUUUGACAUAGAGAUCAAGGACAAGAAGGGAAAAGAGAAUCAUGUGGCAGAUCACCUCAGUAGGUUAAGGCAAGAAGAUGACAUAUCUCCAGGAAUCAACGAACAAUUCCCAGAUGAGAAGCUGUUCCUGGUGCAAACGAAGGAGCCAUGGUUUGUAGACCUGGCCAAUUUCUUAACUACAGGACAGUUUCCAGCGCAUACCAUACAAAGGGAAAAGAAGAGAUUGCUCAGUUUGACAAAGGACUAUUUUUGGGAUGAACCGUUUUUGUUCAACAUCGGCGCAGAUGGGAUAAUCCGUCGCUGUGUAGCGAAAUCUGAGAUCCCACUAAUCUUGAAUGAAUUUCAUGGGUCCCAUGUAGGAGGGCAUUUCGCUGAUUUUAUGGGUCCCUUUCCUCCUUCCGAUGGGAAAUUAUACAUACUGGUGGCGGUGGAUUACGCGAGUAAGUGGGUUGAAGCGCAAGCGCUCACCACUAAUGAUGCUCGAUCAGUGAUCCGUUUCCUAAAAUAUACUAUAUUCCCAAGGUUUGGGGUCCCCAGAAUGAUAAUAAGCGAUGAAGGCACCCACUUUGUGAAUAAGGCGCUGCAAUCUUGCCUUCAACAAUUUGGUGUCCGCCAGCAUUUGACUACCCCCUAUCAUCCGCAAGCGAGCGGUCAGGUGGAAGUUUCAAAUAGAGAAAUCAAACACAUUCUCCAGACCACAAUAAAUAAAAGUCGUAAGAAUUGGGCAGAGAAAUUGGAUGAUGCGCUGUGGACAUACAGAACAGCCUUCAAAACUCCAAUUGGAAUGUCCCCUUAUCAGCUUGUAUAUGGAAAAGCCUACCACCUACAUUUGGAACUCGAGCAUCGCGCGUAUUGGGCCAUCAAGUAUCUCAACUUUGAUCUUCUCCCAGCACAGGAGAAGCACGCCAAAAGAUUUCUCGAUCUGACUGAGUUCCGUUAUCUUGCAUAUGAAAGUGCUAAACUCUACAAGGAGAGGAUGAAAUUCUAUCAUGACAAGAAUUUGAAGAAGAAGGAAUUCACUGUUGGAUCCAAGGUUCUUCUAUACGACACUAGGCUCCACUUAUUCCCAGGGAAAUUGAAGUCACGAUGGACUGGACCAUAUAUCGUCAGGCAAGUGCUGCCAAGUGGAGCCAUAAGGAUCAAUAAUCUGGAAACCCCAGGAGAAACAAACUCCUUCUUGGUGAAUGGAGCGAGGCUGAAACCGUAUAUCGAAGGGCCUGUUCAGGACAGGCUUAACAAAAUAGAUCCAGUCAAGCGAGAAACGUUGAAGAAGAAGUUCGAGAAGGUUGAAGAGAAAAUAGAGAACAGAGUCCAAAGGAUCAAAUCCACGGACGGACGUCAGGUGGUGAUAACAACCUCAGGAACAGAAUUCGUAGAGCCAGCGCCACCUGAGGCAUAUUAUAGGAGGAGGAGAGUAUUGGAGUUGACAGAGGAUUGGGAGAAGCUCAGGCAGCUGAAGUCAAUUCCCUUCAGAAAAUUCAUUCCAGAGUUCCCGGAGGAUUACCUCAGAUUCGAAUACACUGAAGAAACAGAGCAGAGGUAUCCGGUGAGCGACUGGUGGUUGGACUACGAGGAACUGAAGGAGUACUAG